UCACUGGUGUCUGCUGCCUGCCUUCAUAUCUGUGCCCUGGUUAGUCAGACCAGCCUCUGUUUUCCCAGAUAGCUGAGGAUCAGAUAAGAGCACCGCGGCAGCAGUGAGAGGAUGCUCUGGAGGGGGCUGAAAGUUCAUCAGACGUAAGUUUGGGUGAAGGCGUCAUCUGGCUCUGUGUUGCUCACAUGAACAUCAACAUGUACAGGCUUCUUUCAAGUCAAAGUCAGUUUCCUGCUCUGGACUGGAAAUAGAGGACAUUUCUCACUCAUCCUGCGCUACGUUUGGACACAACCAUGAAUAAUCAGUCGAUGACAGGGAGAGCCAUGGUCCCCACCAUCCCGUCUAUCAUGUUCAUAUUCGGGGUGGUGGGAAAUGUCAUCGCGAUCGUGGUUCUUUGUAAAUCUCGCAGGGAACAGAAAGAGACCACGUUUUACACUCUCGUGUGCGGACUGGCGGUCACGGACCUGCUGGGCACCCUGCUGGCCAGUCCGGUGACCAUAGCCACUUACGUGAAGGGGUCGUGGCCCGGAGGAGAGCCGCUUUGCCAGUACUUCGGAUUCACCAUGCUCUUCUUCUCCCUGUCCGGGCUCAGUAUCAUCUGUGCCAUGUCAGUGGAGAGGUACAUCGCUAUAAAUCAUGCCUACUUUUACAAUGACUAUGUGGACCAAAAACUGGCCGGGCUGACUCUGUUAGCCAUCUACAUCUCCAACGCGCUUUUCUGCGCUCUGCCGAUUGUUGGUUUUGGACAAGUGAGGAAACAGUACCCCCAGACUUGGUGCUUUUUAGAAUGGAGGAGCAACAGGACCAGCGAUGCCGCCUACUCCUACAUGUAUGCGGGGUUCAGCUCUCUUCUCACCCUCGCCACAGUCAUCUGUAACGUCCUGGUGUGCGUGGCUUUGAUUCGGAUGCAUCGGCGAUUCGUGCGCAGGAUGUCUCUGGGAACUGAUGUGGGGCGCAACGUGGACCCGCGGAGGAGAGGACGCAGCUUUGGCCGUCUGGCCGGUGCGGAAAUCCAGAUGGUCAUUCUGCUUAUAGGCACAUCGGUAGUGGUGCUCAUCUGCUCCAUCCCUCUUGUUGCUCAGGUCUUUCUGAACCAGCUUUAUAAAACUCCAGUAGAGCGCCGGCUGGACAAAAACCCUGAUCUACGAGCCAUACGAUUUGCGUCCUUUAACCCUAUUCUUGACCCCUGGAUUUACAUCCUGCUUCGCAAGGCCGUUCUCCUCAAGCUGGUGGAGAAAAUCAAGUGCCUGUUUUGCAAAAUGGGAGCAAGGACACGACAGAACCAGGGAAGCUGCCACUGUAUGGACGCUCAUCAGCUCUCCUCGUUCACGUCCAACCGGGAUUCCAACUCUCUGGUGUCCCGUGAUGCCAGGAGCACUUCUCAGACUGUCCUUCAUCUUCUGGAGAGAAGUGAGGUACACAGCGGAAGGUGUCACGGUGCAGACAAACUCUCUGAUUCACAGCCUUCUUCAGUCAGAAACUCGCAAGCCUCCUGUUCCUCUGAGAAGGACAUCACAGGGGCUCAGACUCUAAACGGGGCUGCGAUCAUUACAGAUUUCUCGGCCCUGCCAGGCCCAAAAGACACGGCGCUCCAGGUGACUCUAAACACAGAGACAGUAGAGGAAAAAUGCAUCUGAAUCAUCAUCUCUGAAUCAUGGGAGCGUUGUCAUGUCACUUUUAGGCAGAAUGCCUUUCUACUCCUCCAUGACAGAACAUUUUCACUUUCCAAAAGAGGGAAUUAAUUGUGGUCUUAUCAUGAAGUCAGCUACAUGAGGAUAAAACACUGUUAUAAUGAGCACUCAGCUACCUCAGAGAUGAAAAAUGCUUGAGCAGAUUCUGUCAUUUUCUUCAAGACAGAUGUUUCACGGCGAUCACAGAAGGGAACCCUCACCCUUCCUAACUUAAUCUGUGUCCAGUCAAUGUGGAAACUUUAGCUAUGACGGUGAUGUGGCCAUUUAUUUACAAGAUUAUGGUCAAUACUGGACACACCACAGACAGUGUAUCGACAUCUGGAUUGUGGUCAGUACGGUCAAUAAAAAUAGCGCUGGGUGUGAUUCUGAUGUCACCUGUGUGAAUGUGUGUAUUUCAACUAAGGGUACAAUUGUUUCUGUGCCAUUUUAAUUUCAGUAUCCUCCAGUUUUUGUAAAUAUGAGAUUACUAAAAGUGGUGUGCUUUGGCAGAUAUGAACUCAGUGGAGUAUUAAGCUGUCAGCUACUGUAGAAUGGAGUGCUCAAUGAACAAUAUUUCAUAGUAUGUUUGUGUUACAAAGUGACCGUUUUUCAUAAGAAAACUCAGCACGGUUGUCAUUCCAACUGAAGCACUGUAAAAACAAAUUAAGCAGGAUUCAUAUUUAGAUCAUUUUUCAAUCCAGGACUUCAUCUAAUCUACAAUCAAAAUAAUAGUGACAGAAAUUAAACAAAACUUAAAAAAUUACACUGAAAGUAUCAUUGGUACGUCCAUUCAUCUUAUAUAAAUUUGUUAACCUCAAACAUAGACACUUGAAAAUUAUUUAAAACUAAUUUAAAAAAUCAAGCAGAUCUCAAAUGGAACAACUUUUUUUCAAAAAGUGUUUGAAAACCAAGAAUGUGUAUUUUCAGAUGGAGCAUCUUUUAGACAAAACAACCCACACUUAAGGUUUCCAUCUCAGUAACCUCAGAGGAGUUUAAGUGAUCCCUGUUGUUUAAUUUUCCCCAAAGGCAGAAUUCCCCCUUUAACGCACUCUUAUGUAAGGCAACACCCUCUGCUGCCAUCCUACCAUUACAGUGUGUAACACAGUGUGUAAUAGAACCUUUAAACCCUGUUUCCCUUCAAUAAGCUUUAUGUCUGAGUUUCAGCAGCUUUGAGUCCAACUGCCUGGCUCCGUCUCCCAGUUUUAGAUGGUCUCAGUUCUUUGUUUAAUGUCAUGCUUUUGUUGUUCUGCUCUUUAACAUUGGAGAAGCUUGUUCUGCGUGCUGAGAAGGACGAGCCCUGAGAUGUGCUUGAGACAUGCAAAUGUUAUGUUAUAAAAAAAGGUUUUAAUUUAUGUACGGUUGUUGAGAUAUGCACUUUAAUUUAUAUUUUGUUCAUGUUGUUCAUGCUGUUGUUUCACUUUCAAUGAGCUGAAGAAAUAACUUUGUGUGUGAACAAAACUGAGUGUUGCUAAGUGAAACCUUCUGUUUUAGCACGAACACAAACAUGUUCAUUUAAUGAAAUAGCUGUAAAUGAACACCCAUGCUAUUUUUUCAUAAAAAAGAGACUUUGAUAUGUCAUCGUAUGUUGUC